AUGUCCGGCAAGCGACCUUCCUCCCCAAGUUCCUCAGCUCCGGGCGCUGAUAACAAGCGGGCCCGUAUCAUAGACCGCCCCGGCUCAGGCACAAGAAAGGGGUCUGGGACGGGCAAAGAUUAUCUCGGGCCCGAGCGUCCCCGUCUUGCUCCCAUCGGUGUCAUAGCGCAAGACAGGACCGCCGCACCGCAGGCCGCCGCGCCUCGUGAGGCGAUCGACUAUGCGGGUCGCAACCGACCCCGCCUUGCUCCCAUCAGUCUCGUCCCAGCGACGAGGACGGUCCCCGCCUCGGACGUCGGCGCGCCGCAAGGGCCGAUCGACUACGCGGGUCGCAACCGACCCCGUCUUGCUCCCGUGAGUCUCGUCCCAGAGACGACGACAAUCCCCGCCCGGACGACGGUCCCCGCCUCGGACGUCGGCGCGCCGCGAGGGCCGAUCGACUACGCGGGUCGCAACCGACCCCGUCUUGCUCCCGUCAGUGUCGUCCCAGAGACGACGACGGUCCCCGCCUCGGAAGUCAGCGUGCCGCGAGGACCGAUCGACUACGCGGGUCGCAACCGACCCCGCCUUGCUCCGGUCGGUCUGAUGCCAGCGACGAGGACGGUCCCCGCCUCGGACGUCGGCGCGCCGCGAGGCCGAUCGACUACGCGGGUCGCACCGACCCCUCUGCUCCCGUCAGUGUCGUCCAGAGACGACGACGGUCCCCGCCUCGGAAGUCAGCGUGCCGCGAGGACCGAUCGACUACGCGGGUCGCAACCGACCCCGCCUUGCUCCGGUCGUCUCGUCCCAGCGACGAGGACGGUCUCCGCGCCGGACGUCAGCGCGCCGCGAGGGCCCGUCGACUACGCGGGUCGCAACCGACCCCGCCCUCCUCCCAUCGGUCCCGUCCCAGUGCCCAGGACGGCCCACGCCUCGGACGACAACGUAUCGCGUCCGUCGAUUGACUACGCAGGGCGCUCUCGCCCGCGCCCUGCUCCCAUCGCCUUGUACCCGCCGAAGAAGAUGACCGCUGCCCUGGAGGCCAGCGCGCCGGGUGGGCCUACUGGUCAAGCUGGCCCCUCAGCUGGACCCUCCCGUCCCUACCCUGCCGACGGGAGGCCCGCUGAGGCCCCAACAGCCUCCCUGGCGGUCAAGACGGGCGGUGGAGCUCCGGAGCCCGGAGCCAUUGAUGGGGAACCGAACCUACCCUCAGACGGUGACGGCAAGCACUCGCAGAAGGGCAAGCAAGUCGUCGAGACGAACCAAGGCGGACAGGCCAGUCCCAGGCAGACACCUUCUCCGCCAGCCACUCCUCCUCCUCAGUCCGGCCCGUCGAGAGCACCCUCUGUGGCGUCCAGUUCCGAGCCUUCUUCAGACUCUGACGCAGGUCCGGGGCCGGUCGAAGUCAAGAACAACCGCGAGUGGUACAAGGUUCAAGCCAUCGAGUUAGCCUACCAAAAUGAGAAGAAACAGUGGAGGUUCUGGGUGAGCUGGGAAGGCUGGCAGCCUCGGUCGAACAGCGAACUGGCCUGGACGGACGUGAAGUGCCUGGAGGCCCUCCCCAUCUAUAUGGAUAGCGCGGUCGAGCACAUACUCGACAAACGAAACGUCAAUGGCAAGUGGGAGUAUUUCAUUCACUGGAGGGACACCAGCGAAGAUUUCGAUGUAUGGGUCUCGAAGGACUUUUUGAGGGACACCACCUUGUUGACGUUGUAUGAAGACUCGUUGCGACGCUGA